CAUAAUGUCUACAUGUCAAAUCAAAUUGACACUUUCGACGUGACUAGCAUUGGGAUUUUAUUAGUAUGCAGUCCCCAAGUAUCUCCGGGCUCGAGAAAUUUUAUCGUUUUGCAAACGCCCUUUGGUCCGACCGAAAUAUUCUAACAACGAAAGUACGAUGCUAUUCAGGUCACGCAAAAAGGCCAGCUGGGUACCUGACGUUGGAGGUCCAGCAGCAGAUGGCAAACCCUUUGAGUCGAAUCCUACACCUGUUGGUUUCUGGCACCCCUCUUUACAAAAGGUACGGCGUCGUGUUUUCCGAGAAUGGGCCAUCACUACCGCUUUCCUGAUGGCCUUCAUUCUUGCGGUGCUUUCGAUAUACUGGGGUGUCUUUUUCCAAGUCGAGAAUCGACUAAGCCAUCUGCUUGUCUAUGUUGUUGAUAUGGAUGGCGCUGCACCUUACGACAACACUGGCAAUGCACCAUUCGUUGGACCGACUAUUACACAGCUGGUGCAAGAACAGUUGUCUUCUGGCACGCCAACACUAGGAUGGGGCAUCCGGAGUGGCUCGGACUUCAAUAACGACGUGUUGGAAGUGCGUCAGGCGGUGUACAAUUGGGAUGCUUGGGCCGCGAUCAUUAUCAACCCCAAUGCUUCAGCAUUGUUGUUUCAAGCCAUUGCUACCGGGAACUCCUCAUACGAUCCUCUCGGUGCCUGUCAGCUGGUCUACCAGGACUCCAGAGAUGACACGAACUGGUACGAUUUCAUGCUACCUCUUAUCAGCCAGUUCAUGACACAGGCCACGAGCCAGGUCGGUCAACAGUGGGCGCGGAUGGCACUCCAGAAUGCGAGCGAUCCUGCAACGCUAGCGAACAUCCAAGCGGCGCCACAAGCUAUCAGUCCAGCAAUUGGAUUUUCCGAAUUCAACCUUCGACCAUUUUACCCAUACACUAGUAUCCCGGCUGUAUCUAUUGGUCUCAUUUAUUUGAUUAUUAUCUCUUUCUUCAGUUUCUCCUUCUACCUCCCCAUCCAUAUGACAUACAUAAACCCGAAAGGUCAUCCUCCUCUGAAGUUCUGGCAACUUAUCCUGUGGCGCUGGUUUGCGACCAUGAGCGCUUACUUCAUGCUCUCACUGGCCUACUCCUUCGUCUCCAUGGCCUUCCAAAUCAACUUCACACACACAAACCCCAUCACGUCCGAAACACAAGUGACGGACGUCGCAUACGGUAACCCCGUUGGGUACGGUCACGGUACGUUCCUGGUGUACUGGAUGCUGAACUUCUUCGGUAUGAUUGCGCUGGGCCUGGCUUGCGAGAACGUCGCUAUGGUCGUGGGCAUGCCUUGGAUGGGGCUUUUCUUGAUCUUCUGGGUCAUCUCAAAUGUGUCGACGUCGUUCUAUGAUAUCGAGAUUGCUCCUAUGUUCUACCGCUGGGGAUACGCUUGGCCACUCCACUCAAUUGUCGAGGGCAGCCGGCAGAUCUUGUUCGGGCUGCACUCCCGUAUUGGACUGGAUUUCGGUAUCUUGAUUGCAUGGGGCGCGGUCAACACUACGUUCUUUCCUUUCUGUUGUUACUUCAUGAGGUGGAAGAACAAGAAGGGCGUAUCGGAGUACUGGGAGAGUUAAACCAAGAAAACGUGCGAGUCAUAGACUAGGUCUGUUGCAACUGUUUGGCACAGAAUAUCAUUGUAAUCUUAAUUAUUCCGCGUCAAGAAUUU